UGCACUGACACGAACACGCGAGUACCUGUGACAUCAUCUGCGGCCCAUUGUUGUAAACCUUGGAAGUGGCACAGAGGGGCGCAACUCCCUCUAUUGAUAACAGAAACAACGCAGCGACAGCGGCGGAGCUGUUUAAAACAACCGUGCCCCAUCUCCGAAUCACCAGGGCCCUGGAUCACUCACAUUGGAGAGUCUGUCGUACACGUUGGACCGAAAUAAGAUCUGUGGCCUCGCGGGGCUCCCAGGUGAUUAGGGGUUAGCUAAACAAAGACAGUCGGGAUAAACCAAGAGUAGAACAGGCAAGAGUAUACAGUAGACACAUGAAGAGGCAGGUGUCCCACUGGGGGGUCAGACACGACCGGUCCCCCCAUACUUGCUGUAGAACCGGCGUAGAAGUUUAACUGGACAGAUCGGCCUGUCGGUCCCGGAGGGACCUGCAAAAUGUAAACUGCAAUUAAUAGCCUAAACAGAUGGUAUACAAGUGAAUACAGAAUAAAUUAAAUGGCAAUAAGUUACAAUGUAGGAUUACACUCAUGGAAUCAUGCAUAUUAAAUUAUUUAAAUAUUACUGUUGUGGAGAUGUCUGUAUAUCUCAGCGCAUUAGUUGGUGUGGAAAAUAGGUCAAUGUAAAAUAAAUGUUUAUGUCCACAUGAGCUCACGACAUUUAGUUUGCCGGCAAGAGAAAAUGUGUCCCCCAAGUCUCAAAGGAAAGAUGGUUCAGGAAAAUUAAAGUUUGGUUGGACAUCACAUUUAGGAGAUUUUUUUUUAACCAAAAUCUAAGCCUUAGCCACGACCUGCAGAAUGGAAGUGUUUAAACUUAUAGAAACUCUGAGAAGCUCGAUGUUUGAGGUAGUGAACCAAUUCAAAGGGCUGUUAAGAUUGAAAACUGAACAUAUUACUAUUAAGAUGUUGAAAUGUUGAAUAUGUAUUUUGAAAUACAUGCAAUAUUGCAGGUUCUAUAUAUAAAGCACAGCAAUAGAGAUCUCAAACAAGGAAAUGAAGUAGGAAAGGGGCACCUUAAGACAAAUUCCUAAUUCGUGUCAUAUGUAUCAUCGCUUUCAUUAAAACUAUGCACAGGAAAUGUACUGUGUGAAGUCUGUGUUCAUAAGUGCACAAUAUUUUUACACUGUAUAUGGUAGUAUUAUAAUGAAAAGCCACAGCAACAUAAUUAUUUAGCAGACCAAAAAUGAGAAGCAGGAUGUCUAACUUUAGAUGAAGGACAGAACAAUAAUGAAGAACCAGACUCAGACAGGGGUGGCCUGUUAUAUUCUGACUGUGACCUAAUUGUGACCUUGUCAAGUCUUUAUGUUAUGAAGAUAAUGCAAUCUAUGUUAAUCUGUGAUGUUUUUCCCAACAGGGAUCGAAACAUGGUGAAUCUGUCUCUCAUGUGUCUGGGUCUGCUCUCCUUGUGGGGGGUCAGAGGGGAAGUAGCUCCAAAUUUCAACCACUGCAAAAAGUUUUUCUUCAGGCAGACGCCAGUGUCCGGUCUGAACAUAGCCCUGCCCACUCCUGUUGAGACCAAGACGCAGAAAUUAGUUAAUCCUAAGAAAUGUCUUUCUGCUUACAAUGCUGCCUCUCCUGCCUACAUCUGUCAGAUAUACAACAACCAGUACUACUUUGCCACUCUGUAUGACAGAGGAAGGAGGAUCCCUUUGUACUCUGCAUAUAAAAUGGAUAUCAAAGGGGAACCUGAAAGGAAUGGGUCCAUAGUUAAUUAUGAGCCGCAGCUUGUGCAUCCUGGACUAGCAAAAAAUCAAAUGAAAAAGAAAGAAUGCUUGACAGAAAUCAAGAAUUACAACAAAAAUCAGAGUAAUGACUGCAAAGAAUCCUUUCCACAAUACCGACAGACCUACAAGCUUAGCUGGAGUCAGGCCCUCAAUGAUGACUUUGGCACCUAUACCCGUGGACACUUGAACCCUGCAGGGCAUCAUGGAAAAGGAGAUGCCUCCCAAGCCACCAUGACCUUCACCAACGUAGCUCCCCAAAACCCGACAAUGAACCAGGUCCAAUGGAACCAGUAUGAGCAGAAGCUGAAGAAUGUUACCAGUAAAGGCUGUAGUAAUAUGUAUGUUGUGACGGGGGUGGUCCCAAGCAAUAAGUGGGUAGAUCAGAAAAAUCGAGUCAAUGUUCCCAGUCAUUACUGGAAUGCCUUCUGCUGCACUGACAACAACAAUAAACCUCUCAGGUCUGGAGGUGCCUUGUGUCCUAACACAGAUAAGGGUCGAGUUACAGAGUAUAAAACUGUUGCAGAUCUUCAGAAGGAGCUUAGAAGGCUAAUGCGUGUCAAAAACAAUGUCCAAAUCUUUAAAGGCUGUUAAUCUUAGACAGAUGUGGCCAGACAUAAGUUUAAUAUCUGGUGUGAUUAUAUUGUGUUACAAAAUGCAAACUUUGGCUAUCUGAAUCUAUUACUAUUUGCUGUAGUGUAUGAUGAUGAAUGUUUUAGAAAUGACUGAAUUUAGUUAGUAAUAAAAAAAGGUUCAAACCUUGCUCCAUGCCGAUCACAACAAUUUCAAAAUGAGUCCUUAAAAAACACCCAUAAACCCCAAAAUGUUUUUCAUUAACAUUAUUCCUCAAGUAAGGAAGAGAAUUGGAUUCAGAAUUGAAAUGUCUGGGUACUUCCUGAAUUGACUGGAAAUUUCAGUGGAAUUGACCCAAAUUCCGCUAUUAGUCACACGGUUUGUCUCUGAAAUAUGUACAUCGUUGUUGAGACUGAAUGAGAGUUUUCUACAUUUUGUUCAGAAUAUUUUUGUUGGGUGACAGCUUUUUCUGAUAGAUAGUUGUCAUUAUUAACCAAUAAAUACUUUUUUAAAGCUAA